AUGUCACCACCUAUAUUCAUAUCUAUUGGAAUUAUUGCGGCAGUCAUUCAAGUUACACUUAACAACUUGAAUUUUUAUAUGUAUUUCUUGUGAGUUAUGUCUCCUUACUCGUCUUAAACUAUAAAUCUGAUUGUUUUCAGAACUUCAAAAAAUAGAAAAAAGAACGAAUUCCAAUUAAUUGCGAUGAGAACAAUCAUGGAUAUUUUCCUGGGAUUUUCUAGUAGGUUGAUGAAUAUCAAAAUGAAAUAAUACAAAAUAUUUCCAUACUUCUCAUUAUUUGUUAUCAGUCUCAUAAAUUACUUUACUUCUGGAAUUAUACCAUUCAAAUUUGUAUUCGUAAUUGCUUGCAUUGUGACAAGUUCGCUUCUAGUUCGAUCUUCAAUUGCAUCUGGUGUUUCAAUCGAUCGAUGUUUAGCUGCCUGUUUACCGAUUGAAUAUUACCAAUAUCGCAAAAACAUUUCAAACAGGCCAGUAUAUAUCUUCUUGAUAUUGUUAGCUGUUUUUGAUAAUUUUAUGUUAUUUUAUGUAUUUGAUAUGAAAUUUCCACUAAACCCCAACUGUUCGACUCAUAUUUGUGCUGCUCCGCCUUCAUAUACCGCAUACACCACAAUAAAUUCCGUGAUAAAUGGAAUCAUCAAUUAUAUAUUUACCGGUAUUCUAUGUUUCAAGUUAUUUCAUUCCGUGUACUUAAAAAAACACAUUUACACAGCAGACAUCAGAAAGGUAAUUGAUAUCAAGAAAAAAAUAAUUGAAAAUAUUUUAGGUUAAUUUUUUAUGCAUCACUGAUAGUGUGUCAUCAAUACUUUUUGAUUUGAUCCCUUUGAUUCUUAUACAACAGAAAAUUAUAGAUAAUAGUGUGAGAAUUUCUUAUGAUGUUAAUUCAAACAUUAUUCUAUAUUUUAGACUCAUGGUCCACUUCCAGCCAUAUUUCGUACAAUUGGACGAGCUUCUGAAGCUAUCGUGAUGUUCAAAUUGAUGAAAAAACAUCCGAAUUCGGUCACAACAACACGAAUCAGUAAUCAUUUUUGA